CCGCCCUCUGUGCUCCGCCUCCGCGGGGCGUGCAGGGGAGCGGCCGCCGUCCCACCGCUGCUUCCCUCACGAGCGGCCGCCGCGGCACUCGGCCCGCUCGCCGCCCGUCGCCGCCGGUCUCUGCAGCUGUUUUGGUUAAAAGAGGUGCCUUAAAUUUACCUUCAGGACAUUCAGACUGAAGUACAAGCAGAGCCUGUAAGGAAAAGAUCUCUCUCUGAAAAUGGCGGAAGCUCAUCAGGCAGUAGCUUUUCAGUUUACAGUAACUCCAGAUGGGAUUGACCUGCGUAUGAGCCAUGAGGCACUCAAACAGAUUUACCUGUCUGGUGUCUAUUCAUGGAAGAAGAAGUUCAUCAGAUUCAAGAACGGAAUUAUCACCGGUGUUUACCCUGCUAGCCCAUCUAGCUGGCUUAUUGUAGUUGUGGGUGUGAUGUCAACCAUGUAUGCUAAAAUUGAUCCUUCCUUAGGGAUAAUAGCCAAGAUCAACAGAACACUUGAUACAACUGGCUAUAUGUCAAACCAAACACAGAACAUUGUGAGUGGAGUACUUUUUGGCACAGGGCUUUGGGUUGCCCUUAUCGUCACAAUGCGCUACUCCCUGAAAAUGCUGCUCUCCUACCAUGGCUGGAUGUUCUCUGAGCAUGGCAAGCUUAGUGCUGGCACCAAGUUUUGGAUGACCCUUGUAAAACUUUUCUCAGGGCGUAAACCCAUGUUAUACAGUUUCCAGACAUCAUUACCACGAUUGCCAGUUCCAGCUGUUAAAGACACCGUUAAUAGGUAUCUGGAGUCAGUUCGACCACUUAUGGAUGAUGAAAAGUUCAAAAGAAUGGAGGGUCUUGCCAAAGAUUUUGUUUUUAAUUUGGGACCAAGACUUCAGUGGUAUUUGAAGCUAAAAUCCUGGUGGGCCACCAAUUAUGUUAGUGAUUGGUGGGAAGAAUACGUCUACCUUAGAGGACGUGGACCAAUCAUGGUUAAUAGCAACUAUUUUGCAAUGGACUUCCUUUCUUUAUAUCCCACAACCCUGCAGGCAGCUAGAGCUGGUAAUGUUAUCCAUGCCAUCCUGCUCUAUCGGAAAAAACUGGACAGACAAGAAAUCAAGCCAAUUCUUUUGAUGGGAUCCACUGUUCCACUCUGCUCAGCUCAGUGGGAAAGGAUGUUUAACACUUCCCGUAUCCCGGGAGAGGAAUCAGAUAUCCUCCAGCAUGUGAAAGACAGCAAACACAUUGUUGUGUACCACAAGGGCCGUUACUUCAAAGUGUGGCUGUACCAUGAUGGCAGACUGUUGAGACCCCGAGAAAUUGAACAGCAAAUACAGAGAAUUCUUGAGGAUGAUUCAGAACCUCAGCCUGGUGAAGAGAAACUUGCAGCUCUUACUGCAGGAGAUAGAGUACCAUGGGCUAAGGCUCGUCAGGCUUAUUUUAACCGUGGAAAGAACAAGCAGUCCUUAGAUGCUAUUGAGAAAGCAGCAUUUUUUGUGACAUUGGAUGACAUGGAGCAGGGGUACAGGAAGGAGGACCCAAUGAAGUCACUGGAUGCAUAUGCAAAAUCAUUGAUACAUGGCAAAUGUUAUGACAGGUGGUUUGAUAAGUCAUUCACUCUUAUAAUAUUCAAAAAUGGCAGAAUGGGUCUGAAUGCAGAGCACUCCUGGGCAGAUGCUCCUAUUGUUGGACACCUGUGGGAGAAUGUGAUGGCAACUGAGUAUCUUGAACUGUGCUAUUCAGUAGAUGGACAUUGCAGAGGAGAUCCCAAUCCCAAUAUUCCCAUUCCUACCAAACUGCAGUGGGAAAUUCCAGAAGAAUGUCAAGAAGUGAUUGAGAAGUCUCUGAGCACUGCUGUAGCUCUAGCAGAUGAUGUGGACUUCUGUUCAUUUUGUUUUGAUGGUUUUGGGAAAGGACUAAUAAAGAAAGUGAAAACCAGCCCUGAUGCCUUUGUGCAGCUUGCCCUGCAGCUCGCUCACUACCGGGACAUGGGAAAGUUUUCUCUAACGUAUGAAGCGUCCAUGACACGCCUGUUCCGAGAGGGCAGGACUGAAACGGUUCGCUCGUGCACGGUGGAGUCCUGUCGUUUUGUCAAAGCCAUGGAAGACCCCACUGAAAGUAGGGAAAAUACGCUGAAGCUUUUCCGGCAGGCAGCCAACAAGCACCAGCACUUGUAUCGCCUCGCCAUGACGGGGGCGGGCAUCGACCGCCACCUCUUCUGCCUCUACGUCGUGUCCAAGUACCUCGCUGUAGAUUCUCCUUUCCUCAAGGAGGUUUUGUCAGAACCUUGGAGGCUGUCAACGAGUCAGACACCCCAGCAGCACAUUGAUCUGAAGAAGAACCCGGAGAUGCUGUCCUCUGGUGGAGGGUUUGGACCAGUGGCUGAUGAUGGUUAUGGUGUUUCUUACAUGAUCUUGGGUGAAGAUUUCAUCCAAUUCCACGUCUCCAGCAAAAUAUCUUGUUCUGAGACGGAUUCUCAUCGCUUUGGAAUGAACAUCAAGAAAGCACUGGUUGACAUCAUGGCUUUAUUUAACCUCAGUAAAAACUGUACCAAGUGAUCUGCUUGCUUGAUACCAAGCAAUCUCCUCUUGGUGGGAUGAGGACUCUGCUACACAGUGAACAAGAGCAAGGUUUGUUGAAGAGUAGCUGGAGAAGAAACUGAGUCAGCACCUUCUUGAUCACCUAUUAAAACCUUAGCAGUAUAUUAAAUGUGUCUUUUUU